AUGGAUAGAGUGCAGAGUGGUCUGGGGGAGGAAUUCAAUGUUGCAAAUGAUGGAGCUUUGUGGUUCCGUUCCAGGUUAUCUGUUCUUACCGAUGUUGACAUUAGAAAGACUAUUUUAGAGGAAGCUCACAGAUCUUUGUAUAAAGUUCAUCCUGGAAGUAAGAAGAUGUACAAGGGUCUACGAGAGUCGUACUGGUGGAGUGGCAUCCCAUUUACUUUCCCAAGGUUUCUGGAAGAGAUCAGAUUCAGUUAUGAGGACACUGUUGUUUAUCAGGAGACCGAGUCCGUAGUACAGUUGUAUUCUGAAAGACAGCAAAAGCAGUGGGGAGAUAGCUUGAACGAGGAAUCAAAAGUGGAAUUACCUGCCAAAGUGUGCUUGUAUACCCGGUCAAACUCCCGGGAGGAACUAAAAAUUAUCUGGAAGAAUUGGACCCGGAACGCCGUUUGGAAUUCUCACAGUUAUAUGGCCAUAUCGGUUUCUUGUUACACAUAA